AUGAAGGAUCGGGAUGCAGCCGGGGCCACGGUGCUCCACCUGGCGGCGCGGUUCGGUUGUGUGGAGGUCAUUCAGUGGCUGCUUUCUGUUGGAGGGGCAGCGGAGGUGAAGACACACUGUGGAGCUGUACCUGCUCACUAUGCCGCAGCCAAUGGGGACCUCACCUGUUUAAAGCUUCUUGUUCAACACGCACCGCGAUGUGUGGACCAGCAGACGGUCCUUGGGGCCACCCCGCUCUAUCUGGCCUGCCAGGAGGGCCAGCUGCAGGUUGCAGAGUUCCUGGUGAAGGACUGCGGGGCCGACGUCCACCUGAGGGCCCACGAUGGCAUGACCUGCCUGCAUGCUGCUGCUCACAUGGGCCACCAGGCUGUGGUGCUGUGGCUGGUGAGCUGCACUGCCGUCAGCCUGUCCGGCCAGGACCGUAACGGAGCUACUGCUCUGCACUUCGCUGCCAGCAGAGGGCACUGUUGCAUCUUGGAGAGGCUGCUUCACAUGGGUUCAAAGGUCAUCAAGGAUUACUGGGAAGGGACCCCACUUCAUGAUGCGGCAGAAAAUGGAGAGCUGGAGAGUUGUAAACUCCUGUUGGCCAAUCAAGCGAACCCCUCAGAUCAGGAUAUUGAUGGGUUUACAGCAGCAGACUUGGCGGAGUACAAUGGACACCAUGAAUGUGCCAGACAUCUCCGUGCCAUGAAAAGAAAUACAGCCUGUGCAGAGCCCACCCAGGAGAGAGCUCCAGUGGAGGAGGAGGACGAGGAGGUGAAGGUGAAGCCGGCUGUGGUUCUGCAGCGCAGCAGGGAGGAUUACUACGGCAGCCUGAGUGACCCAUGCAGGGACAGCUACAGCAAUAACACACCAAUGGAUAGUUUGAAGCAACCUCAGAGUGAGGAAUCCCCGCAGGCCAGAUACCCUCAACCCUCUCCUGCACCCCCCUCACCUGUUUCAUCCCCUCCUGCCAAGCCGGAGAAAAGCAUUAACAGAAUGGUGCAGGUUCAAUUUGCAACAUCUGUUAUUAAAGGUUUCAAUGGGCCCAAGGUGGCUGGGAGUCAGAAGUCUGCCCCUGCUGAUAAGACGAUGUUGCCUGACGCAAACCUCCUAGCUGGAAGGAAGCUUCUUGGGGACAUGAAAUCCAUUCAAUCCUUAAAACAAUCAGGAAUAUCAGGAACGUUCACUGGACAAGCAAAUAAGAUGGUGGUCCUGCCCACUGAGCAGGCCAACCUGUCCGACAUCGACUACCUGGUGCCCACCCACGACGAGAGAGGCCGGCCCAUCGCUGAGUGGAAGAGGCAGGUGAUGGUGAGGCAGCUGCAGGCCAGGCUGCUGGAUGAGGAGGACCAGAGGAGGAAGGAAAAUGGCAGAUAUGCCAAAGUCAACUGGAGGUACUCCCAAGCCCACAACGCCAUCCUGGGGCCCUCCGGUGAGCUGCUGACUGAGGAUGACCUCAUCUAUGUGGAGCAGCAGAUCGCCAACGUCUCCCUGCAGAGGAACUGUGAAGGCUACGAGAUUGAGCUCGCUCGUCUAGCUGAGGAGCUCCGGCACAUUCUGCCCGCCCCCAUAGUGAACAUCACAGUCAACACACAGUUCAGAAACUUCUCAAGUCAAGUUCCUCUACCAGUGUGGUGUGGCCGCAUCUCGGGCAUCGUGAAAAGCAUGUCUCUGCUCAUGACCAACCUGACAGACCAGCCCUACUGUAAGAUGCCCAACACCGAGCUCAUAUCCGUCUUCUCUCAGACGCCAGACAGACAGAACUCCACCAGGGGCCGCAGGGAGAGGAUAGAGAAUGAAAUACAUCAGUUUGGUGUGUCUGUGAGGACUCUGAAGUAUAAUUUUGAGACAGAGAACUCACCUUCAGAUGAGCCAGAGGAGGCUGUUGUAUUGUGUUCCCCCAAACAGCCUGAGGCCACAGAGUCAGACAAUAAUCCUAAAGUCCUGUGUCCGGCCCCAGAGACGGACCAGAACAGCGACUCCGGCAUUGACUAUGAUGAAAAUGUUGCAGAUGUUCUAGAGACCACCAGCCUCAGAAAGGAGCGUAUAGUGGUGCUGUUCUUAGGCCACUGGAAGAAGUCGGCCUACACUGUGACCCUGAAGAGUAAGGACACAGCAGAGAGGAAGGCAAGUGGAGGGAACCCAGGGACGGGCGACCAACCAGGGCUGGGUUGCAGGACCAGCGUGGAGAGCGCCCCGUCCAACAUGAUGAACAGCUCUCUGGGACACUUCUUCAAGCAGAGGAGCGCCGUCAACAAGAUGCUGGGGAACUGGAGGAGCAUGAUCUCCAGUGUCCCGUCCAGACAAAUACGCAGGCUCCACAGGCAGCAGGCUCUAUACUCCCCCGAGCAGUUCCUCCCUCGUUUGGACGGUGUGCCGGUGGAGUACGACAACCUGACUCUGGACCUCUUCAUGCUGGGAUACUUCCACAUCCUGGAGUUGGAGCUUCCUGUAGACGAACGCAAAAUUAGACACCUGCUGUGUUUCGAGGUGUUCGACCACGUGGGGAGCUUUCCCUGGGAACUGGUCAGGGACUUCCACAAGGCUGUCAUUCAGGACAUCGAGGCUGGGAACCGCGAGUGGAAGGACGGCUUUGAGGACAUGAAAGUGAAGUUUUUUGGAAACACCGCGAGUCAGCCUGAAAGCGCUGUAGAAGUGGUGAAACAUAUCCUCCCAGAGGUUAGACAGGUCCCUAAGGUCAUUGUGCAGACACCUACACCGGACGAGGGGAUGCUGAACAGCGGAACUGACAUUUCCAGUUUUAGCAACGAAGAAAUCUGUAAAUACAUCGACCGCAGUUUUGCUUUUUGGAAAGAGAAAGAGGCAGAGAUUUUUGAUUUUGAGUAGUGUCAUCUUUUUGAUAUUUUUCUAUUGUUUGUAGUUACAUUACAUUAGGGCUGGGUAUCAAACUUAAAACAUAUUGCUUGAAUUUCAUUUUGGUUGCCGUUGCAAUAGUCAACUAUCAAGUCUAGACAGUUAGCAUAGAGUGCUUAGCCAGGUCCUUGCCAAGUUUACUCAGAUCUUACCUGAUUUUAGUUCUAAUUUUGUAGAUUUUAUACUGUGUUUUAUUUUGUUAAAACCAUUCAACUCCAACCAUUAUGCAUUUUAGAGGUUUGGAAUUUGGUUGUUGGAUUUAUAAAAUAUUUGUUUGUUUAUAAAUUGUAAUGAAGGAUAUCUGUUAGAUAUUUUGGAAUUGCUAACAAAUUGGUGAUUAACCAUACCCAGCCCUAUUAUAAAAGCCAGAGUAGAGUGUGUGUUCCUUCGAGUCAACAUGAAACUUCGAUUUGGCAUAGAUGGCCCAGUUCAUUAUUACAAAAGUAUUCUUACAUUGACCUUGAUUAUUCAUUAUUAACUUACUGUAAAGACUUAUUUCACUAACAUUAUGUCUUCUUUUCAUUUCUUACCUUAUUUACAUGGAUGGAUUACUGAACGGGCCUACUGGGCAAAACAAAUCAGGGAUGCCCUUGACCCUCACUUAUGCUCCUUUUCCACCAAACCGGUUCCAGAGCCAGGUCCGGCAUAGAGCCUGAUCUAGCUCUGGUUCUUCCUGUUUCCCCCGCAGCUGGGCCGGCUCUAAGUACAGAAAACCGGUUCUCAGCUGCCCGGCAAGAACCAAUACUUCACGCUUACGCUGGAAGCGGGGGGCGGAAUUAACCUGAUCAGCAACAACAAAAUGCCGCAAAUUCUCUACAGCAACACACACAACUACGAACCAGGAUGGAUGCCAUUAAAUGUAAGCAGCAUGGACCGCGGAAGAGACAAAUGACCUCCUCGGGCUUUGGUCAACGCAAGAGGUGCAGAGGAAGUUGGACGGCACAACGCGGUCAAAAGCUAUUUUCUAGCAGCUGCAGCGGGAGUUGGCCCCGCUGCAUACCACCGGACUCUGGAGCAAAUAAGCAACAAGCUAAAGAAACUCUGUGACUACCGGGAUCAUUGUUGUUGUUGUCGAUAUGAGGGAUUUUCGUGCCGUUUGGGUGUAAUAAGAAGGCACGUAAACAUGAUACAAUGACGCAGCUCCACUCAAGCUCUGAGCGGUGGAAACACAAGUGGUGCUACAGAGUAUAACCAGUUCAGCACCAGAAGAUCAAAAGAACGGUUCUUGAACCGGAUCCGGUUUGGUGGAAAAGGGGCAAUACAAAAUGUCACUCAAAGAGACAAAUACCAAGCAGGAAGACACAAAAAGACCCCAAAAUAAACAUAAAACAACUUAAAAGAUAAAGAUAAAACAGCAGCGGAUAGACAUAAGAGACUUACAACGAUAAGUAAGGGCAAAAAAGAGUCACAAAACAGCAACAAAAAGAGGCUUUAAAAUCUUAUAUCUGUGUCCAGGGGCCCAAUGUCUCACACGCCACCCAUGGAUUUUUUGGGUGCAAAAGUUUUGUGACAAAAAACUGGCCGAUAAUUGUUUUGCAGUUAUUUUAACAAUAAAACUGUAAAAAAAGAGAAAUAAAUCUGAUGAUUGUGGAAGACCUUCUAGC